AUGCCUGUGAGAUCUUUGGAAGCGUAUCUCUUUGAGAGAGGUGUUGUAGGUUCAGCUUCGAUUGACAUCUUGCAAAACGUGACUCUUGGUAUCGAUGUGAACCAUUACGUUUCACGGUUGUUGACGAAUAAGCGUGAACAGUAUUUGGAUGCUAUUGGUGGUCCUCCUACCAGUUUGCGGAUGUACAUUGAUUCAGAUUUGGAGGUUUUCCGUGAGAACAAUGUGACACCAUUGUUUUUGUUUCCAGGUUCUUUGACUGCGAAUCAAUUGGAUUAUCAAUCUUAUUCUUCAGCAGGAGCGGAGUUUUUGAACUCAAUUGGUUCUCAACCGGCUGCUUCUAGUGGUGGCAAAAGUCCCUUGGCAUCUGCCAUGUCUCAUAGAAACCGUGCUUGGGCUCAAUGGACUAAUAUGUUGAAUCAGAAUAAAUCAACUUACAUAGACCAGCCUCUGGUUCCAAAUGAAGCUUUCAGAUAUGGGGUUCCAAUCGAUUUGAAGAGGUUCCAGGCUGAUUUGAUCCAUUAUUUCAUUGAAAAAAAUAUUCAAUUUCAAGUGGCUCCAUACUGCAGUUGGAUGCAGUUGGCAUAUUUGUACGAAAUGGAAUAUAUUGACGCAAUUUAUGGUCCAACUGAAUUAUUGAUGCUUAAAAAUGUACCAAAAUUUAUCGUUGGUAUGGAGUUCCCGAACAAAGAGUUUAGGUUUGUUGAUUCCCAUCGUGUGCUAAGUGAGUUGAACUGUAAUUUGGAAGAUUUUGUUGAUAUCUGUAUGGCUAUCGGUAAUGAUUUGCAGCCAAGAACUUUACCCCCAUUACAAGUUUACCCCUCUGUGCAGUUGUUCGAAACAGCCUUAGAUAUGUCUGUGAAUGGUGGCACAAAUUACUACACGUAUUUGUUAACGAACCCUGUCCAAAUUGACUUGUCGAAAGAGAUUGAAGCGUAUCAAAAGGGUAUUUCUUCUUUAAAGUAUAUGCCAGUUUUAACAGAAAACGGUAAAGUAGAACUUUAUUCUCCAGAUUCACAAUACUCUAUCGCCACUGAAUCUGAUAGUUCAAAAUCUUCGUCUCCAGAACCAAUUCCAAAUGAUGUGCACGAUCUCAUUCAACAAAGAUUACCUCAUGAGUAUAACUUUUACAGAUCCAUCGGUUUGAUAGGAAACGAUUUGCUAACUACGUUAGCUACCGGUAUAUACGCAGAGUAUGCACCAUUAGACGGUGGAACUUCUGAUUCAUACAAAAGACUAGUAAAGAAAUCAGUCGAUAUUUUCCAAAACAAAGAGAUCAAUUUAUUGACUAGUCCAAUUAACAGAUACUAUCAAAUCAAACAAAUGAAGUAUAUCACCUGGUUUUCCCCAGGAACUGAAACUGCCUUAACGAACAGAUUGUCUCCAACAAUUUUUGAGACCAUAAACAGACUUGCUGUUCGGACUAAGAGUACUGAAGAAUUCAGCAUUUCAACAUUUAUCAAUCUAUUGUCGGGUACAAAAGAUCUAUCAUCUUUCAUUUCAAACAAAGUCUUGUUUCCUGCAUCAGUUCCCGCUGAUGAAAAGUUGACCACUCCUUUUGAUCUGCUAGCAACAAACUUUUUAAGAUUGUUGACGUUGCUAGGGUUUUAUGAACUUGAUGUUAGCUCUACCAAAUUGACUCCGACAAAAUACGGUGUCCUAUUGGCAGAGUUAAAUGAUCUAGAUGUUUCAGCUCAAAAUACUGAAGCUAUAUUUGUCCUACUAGUGUUCAUGAAACUGGGGGUCCUAUCUUUAUCCGAAGAGAUUCAACCUGCAACUCCUUCCGCUUUGUCAGCAGCAACGUUACGCACAUAUCCAAAGGAAUCACAAUAUAUUAUGGUCUUGACUCGUGUUCUGACCCUAUAUCAAUUAUCGCAAAGACCAGGUAACUAUUACGGACCAAUUGAUAAAAAGACCUUGAUUUUCAGAGAUCAUGUUGACUUCGUGAAAAAGAACCUCUGUCAAUUAUUUGAGAGCGUAUCUGUAAGUUCUUUGGUCUCAGGAGAAUUUGAUAGAUUAAGUUUGAGCAACGACGAAUGGAUACAAUCGAUUGUAAAGGUUAUGCCGUUCAAACUAUCCACUCCAAAUACUAUCAUGGCAAUGAUGUGGGAGUUCUAUCUUCAGAAAUGGUUACACAAUGGACAUGAUAAAGAAGAUGCGAUGAACUUGAUAUCUGUCACAUUUUCCGCAUACAAAUCUGUUCCCAAGCUAGAGGAAGAGUUUAACAAGUCUUUCGAAUUGACUGAGCAGUUCGGUACAGUCUGUGCUAGAAUGGCAGAAUUGGAGUUGCUUCAACAGAAUGAAUUAGAAAUAUAUGAAAAGGCAUAUAGAUUCAUUUCUGAUACGUUUGUGAAAUGA